GAUCUCAGAACAAUACAUCGGUGUUGUCUCAAGAGUCGCUCGCCUUCCAGCGCAGUCAAAUGGCGCCGCUCCAGAGAGUCAGAACAACCAGUCCGAUCAUCUGAUUUUCAUUAGAGGACAAAAACCGCUUCUUUGGGAUUUCGUCUAUUAUUGGUUUUGUAUGCUGACUUGCGUCUUCUGUGAGCUGUGAUUUGUUAAUAUAGCUGCGACAAAUGCUGGCUUAUAAAACGCUGAGCAUAUUUAUUCAUGAAGCUGAUAUCCUUCUAGUAACGGAUUGACAACUGAUAUUUAACCCAAGCGUCCCAGAUUCGAGUACCAUGAGCAGCUCCCGCUACGAACCCAGCUGUGAUGUUGACCUGGUGCCCCUUCUGUCCUGUAAACUCUGCCUGGGAGAGUUUCCCGUGGAGCAGAUGACCACCAUCUCCCAGUGCCAGUGCGUGUUUUGCAGUCUGUGUUUGAAGCAUUAUGUUGACCUGCUCAUUAAAGAAGGCCUCGAAGCGGCCAUUAGCUGUCCAGAUUCUGCCUGCCCGAAGCAGGGACAUUUACUGGAAAAUGAGAUUGAAUGUAUGGUGGCUGCUGAGGUCAUGCAGCGUUACAAGAGACUCCAGUUUGAGCGUGAGGUGCUUUUGGAUCCUUGUCGGACCUGGUGCCCAUCCUCCUCAUGCCAAGCGGUGUGCCAGCUAAAGGAAGAUGACGUGCAAGCGGCGCAACCGGUGCAGUGCCCUCAGUGCAGCCUGCGUUUCUGCUCGGCCUGCAGGGCAGACUGUCACACAGGUCAGGGGUGUGCGGAGAGCCUUCCUAUUACCACCUUCCUGCCCGGGGAGAAUAGUUCUAACCUGAAGAAUCAGGACGACGAGGCUCCGAUCAAACUCUGUCCCAAGUGUAAAGUGUACAUAGAGAGAGAUGAAGGCUGCGCGCAGAUGAUGUGCAAGAACUGUAAACACGCCUUCUGCUGGUACUGCCUGGAGUCACUUGAUGAUGACUUCCUACUGAUUCACUAUGAUAAAGGACCCUGCCGGAAUAAACUGGGUCACUCCAGAGCCUCCGUCAUCUGGCAUCGGACACAGGUUGUAGGGAUCUUUGCUGGUUUCGGUCUCCUCUUGCUGGUGGCCUCCCCCUUCCUUCUUCUGGCGACUCCCUUUGUGCUUUGCUGCAAAUGCAAGUGCAAACGUGGUGACGACGACCCUCUUCCUACCUAGAGGUCCUUUCCACCUUCAGGAGGUCACUUUCGGCUCAGUCCACGUCUCUGAGCUGUCUUUGUAGCCUCAGCUGGGGCACUGAUGUGAGACUCAGGCCUUCCGUCUUAUCUGAGCUGAAAUUGAGAAGCAGAUCAAGACACAAAGCAGGUCUGUCGUGUUUGGAGACCUUGUUUGAUGCAGGACAAACUGGUUGUUUUAUAGGGUUUGCACAUUGUUAUGGCUUUCUUCAAUCUUUUACACGGGUUGUCUUGUAUCUUUUCUACACCUCAUUAUUUACCUUUUUUUUACUUUGUGUGACAUUAAAGGGACAGUUCACUUAGAAGCAUUCUGUCAUUUACACACCUUCAUGUCAAACUUUUUUAAUAUUUUCCACAUGAUGAAAGUAGAUAAGGACUGUGGAUAGAUUUAUUGGACUGUAGAGGUAUAUUUUAGCCUCUGUUAACUAACUUUUGUGUAAAAUACAAAGGGAGUUAAAUCACACGGAGGGUGAGCAAACAAACAGAAUUUUUGUCUUUUUACAUUAACUGUCCCUUUAAGACCUAUAAUCUAAAUGUAUUUUUGAUGUUGUUUAUCCUGGGAUACCACACACAUCUUUUUGGUAGCAUAGUAGCAUGUAUUUCUGCAAAGUUUUCUAGUCAAAUUGCAAAUGCAUGCCGGAGGCUGAGAGUAUUUUACUUAUUAGACAGGCCAAAGCAAAACCAAGACUCCCAGACAGAAGAGCCUCUAUAGAUCCUACCACUUUCUUCUACUGUAUAGACUUCUACUGUAUAGACUUCCUUAUGCUUGUUCUUCCAUUUGAAUCACUUUGCACCACAGACGUAGCAAACAUGCCACCUGAUGCCUUGUCAGAGCUUGUAGGGGUUGGGUGCUACAGAAAGAUUUAAUAUCCUGGUAUCAGUCAGUCGGACACAUAUCAAUCACCGUUUCAAAAACAAGCAAAUAUUUUGUAACACUUUUCACAUUUGAACAGUCCUGAGUGAUGUCAUGUACAGAAAAUUAUUAAUAUUAAACGUGUUGGUUUUUGUUUAUCCAAACUGUUGAUUGUGACUCCAACCUGCAUUACCAUGUGCCUGCCAAUUUAGGUCAGAGUAAUCAGGUCAGUGAAGAUUAACUUUUGUACAUUUCAGGUCGCGCUGAGAGUUGUUUUGCUAUUAUAUAUAUAUAUAUUACAUAUAUUUAGUAUAUUAUUUAUUUUUCGGGAGUAAUGUUUCGGAUUGCCAAAUGUGACAUGUAAGCCUGUGUGCUACGCAUGCAUUAAUAUUUGUGUGUUUAGCACAUUAAUAUUUGGUUGAUGAUGGGAACACCUAGUUUUUGGUUGUUGUAUUUCGAUAAUUGCGCCUUUCAUUUUUUUCAUGUUUUGCACACUUUUGUAAGUGUAUGAAACACUUUGUAAGCAACUGUAAAGUAUAUAAGUUACAUGUUUUUCUUGUUAAAUAUAUUAUUAUGCUUCAGUACACUUGGUUUUGCUUUCUUGUGCAUUAAAACACAUCUUUUAUUAAUACCUCCAACUUAACAGUUGCAUCUCACAUUUAUAAAAUACAAUUUCUUUCAUAAACAAAAUACUUCAAUUAUAUAAUGUACAUGAAUGAACAGAUGUACACUACUGGUCAAAAGUUUUUGGGCACUUACUCAUUUGUGUGUUCAUAUUUUUCCACACUUUAAAAUAAUAAUAUACUCAUCGAAAUGAAAUAAAACAAAAGGAACUAUGGAAAUUAUG